GAACGUAAGUCGGCUUUCCGUGUCCCGAGCAACACAAGCAGCCCCACUCUGGAGUCAUUUUCAAACAUUUGUCUUCAGUUGGCAGGUGUCAACAGGAUGGCCGGCUUUCUUUUUAUUUUAGCUGCUUUGUGCGCGGCUACGUCGUCACAGUUUGUGCCGCCGUAUACGGAAGACUGUCGGACGGGAAUGUAUCCUCCGAGCGGGCCCACGUUUAAAGGCGCCGUGAGCUGGUACACCGUGGACCUGGACUUGCCGCCCAAGGACCGAUGGACAGCCGUCAUCACUGACAAAAGGGCAGAGUUGGUGAGCAUGAUCCAGGCCGUGCGAGACUUGGCCAACGCUUUUGUUCCCGGCGGGAAGCUUGUCAUGCUGGUGGAUGUCACUCUGCCGCUGAUGGUCAACUCGCUCCCGUAUCCGUUUGGUGACGAAAUGAAAGGAAUCGCGGCCGCCUCGGGAGUUCCUCUCGGUGAGGUGGUCCUCUUUAACAUCUUCUACGAGGUGUUUACGGUGUGCACUUCGGUGGUUGCAGAGGACACGAAAGGAAACCUCCUGCAUGGUCGCAACCUGGACUUUGGUUUGUUCAUGGGAUGGGAUGUGAAGAACAAGUCUUGGGUCAUGAGUGAGCAGCUGAGGUCUUUAGUGAUCAAUGUGAACUUCAAGAGGAACAACCGCACCGUCUUCAAGUCCACCAGCUUUGCCGGUUACGUCGGCAUGCUGACCGGACUCAAGCCUAACAGGUUCAGCCUCACCAUGAACGAACGCUUCAGUCUGGACGGAGGCUACAUCGGCAUCCUGGAGUGGAUCUUUGGAAAGCGGGAUGGUGUCUGGAUGAGCUUCCUCACUCGCUCCGUACUGGAAAAUGCAACCAGCUACGAUGAGGCAAAGUUUCGUUUGGCUCAGACGAAGCUUCUGGCGCCCGCCUACUUCAUCCUGGGAGGAAACAGCACGGGGCAAGGUUGCAUCAUCACCAGAUCCAGACUCACCAGUCUGGAUAUCCUGGAGAUCGAUCUGAAGCUGGGCCGCUGGUUUGUGCUGGAGACAAACUACGACCACUGGAAGGAGCCCCUCUUCCUGGACGACCGCCGCACGCCCGCCAUCGAGUGCAUGAACCGAACGACGCGCGCCAACGUGUCCCUGAAAACGCUAUACGACGUGCUGUCCACUAAGCCCGUCCUCAACAAGUUGACAACGUAUACCACGCUGAUGCAAGUGUCGUCAGGCACGCUGGAGUCGUACGUCCGCGACUGCCCCAACCCCUGCAUGCCCUGGUGAAGACGCCGCCACCACACUACCGUCCGGCUGCACCCGCCGAGCGUCCCAGCCAAUGGAAAUGGGUAUUUCAUUCAUUCACUGCCAGCCGUUUGAGAGGGAGACUCCACUUUCACAUCCCACAGAACUUUUAUCUUCCGCAACUGUAUAACUACUGAACCUAGAAUGAGCUCACUCCAGCACUUCGAAUAACCCAACGGCACAUUUUGAACAACACUCUGGAGUUUCUGAACGGUUUGAAUCAGCGCGUGCUCAGAGCACAGUUCACCCCCCAAUGUCUUUCUAUUUCUUGGUGGCAGCGAACGGUUUGAUUCCAGUGGACAAAUGUCAACGUACACGGCAGUGAAUGCAAGUAGCAACGUCUUUGCCCAAGCGUGGUCGUUUUUGUAGCCUUGAUCAAUUCUAAUGUGUGUACAUUGUGUCAAUUAGUGCUCCUCAAUGUUUUAACAGGUCAGCUUGGUUACAAGUGCAGGAAAGUAAUCCUGACAAUUGUUUUGUUUUCUCUUGAAGCACGAGAUGGCCCAUCAGAAUUUAAAAUUCAUUGGACCUUUGACAGAUAAUUUUCUACUGAUCUACGACUAUCAGCUUUAUACUGACUAUUUUAAAUCAAACACUGCCAGCAAUGGUGACUGUA